AUGCUAAGAGAAUCGAUCCAAAGAUGUGCCUGCUACAAUCUGAGAUGUUUGCAAAUCAAUUUUGGCGACGAUGGGUGCGUGAGAUACUUCCGACAUUAACGCGUCGCGGCAAAUGGUUCAAUAAAGUGAAACCCAUUACGGUAGGAGACGUUGUGCUGAUAGUUGAUGAAACGGCUAAGAGAAAUACUUGGGUAAAAGUCAUAGUUAUCGAGACAACUGUAGCGAAAGACGGCCAAGUAAGACGAGCUAAGGUCAAAACAACAAAAGGCUUUUUGGAGCGCCCUGCCGUAAAGCUGGCCAUUCUGGAUAUCGGCAAAGUUGACGCAAACGACAUUGGGGUCGCCUGCGGGGAGGAGAAUGUUGCCGAAAAUUGCGAAUAAUUUAAAAACCUUUGUCUGGCAAUCAUGACAAACAGCUGACUUGGAGACUUCGAAAUUUUUAGUAACAUUUCCGUUUUUCAUUUUCUCUCUUUUCUUGUUUGUGAUUGCUAGACAAAGAUUUUUUAAGCGCAAAAUAAAGAGUGCUAUUUAAAAU